AUGUCUAGCAAACCCCAGACGAACGUUGGUGUUCUGCCUAGCCAGAACUUUCAGAAACCUCUUACUCCACGUGCUCGCGCAGAAGCAUCUCGUAGACUUUGCACACAGGGACAAGAGGGCAAAACAUCCCAGAAUGUCAAUCUCGUUCUCAAGGAGAUGUCAAUCGGUGUCAAGGCACCUACCUUGACCCCAAAAGUUAGAGAGUCACUUAAGGAAUUUACUCUCUUUCCAGAUCUUCCCACCGAGCUGAGGAUUAAGGUUUGGGCAUUAGCAGAUCGAUCCGAAUCACGCAUCUUUGAGCUAGUAUUCCACCCUCUCACGAAAGAGAGCCACCACAUCUUCAAAGUUUCAAAGCAAACCAACCGUGUUCCAGCAAUUAUGGAAGCUCUUCAUGGGAUACCGGAAGGAAUUGCAUCGAAUGAUAUGGUACCAGGCUCAUCUAGCACCAGAGAAGUCUUCAUUGUGGUUAAGUCAGAAUGUGCCCAAUAUGCUGCAGGAGCAAUGCCGAAUACACUCAGCUUUCGACCUGCUCUCCACGAAGGUCUAAGGUGGGAUGAUAGGAGAGUGAGAUACAAUUGGACAAUGAACAUCGAUUGCAUCAAUCGUGGCUUCGAUAUCGGAUCUCCUGAAAUUAAAACUGGUAAAGGUCAUAACCUCAAACAUGACGGAAUGAUGGUUUCCAUUCACGAUAUUCAAAAGCUGGUUGCAGAUGGUGGAAAAUUCAUUGAUGAUCUGAAAACUCGUACUGGCGUUGACAUUCAUUUCCCGAAAGACCUAUGGGAAUACCAAUACUCAGCCGUAGGCAUGGGCUCGCAAUCCACAAGUAUGAUUGAAUUUGAAAUCGGCUUGUACAAUGGUACUCAUGAAGCAAUUAAAAAAUGCAAGGAAGAGAUCCAGGCAAGAUGUCUUGUUCCAUGGCACGAGAUCCCCAAGGAUAAUUGA